UCUGGACAUUUGACUUCUCAGUCAACAUGAAGGCUCUCAUUAUUCUGGGGUUUCUCUUCCUUUCUGUUGCUGUCCAAGGCAAGGUCUUUGAGAGAUGUGAGCUUGCCAGAACGCUGAAGAAACUUGGACUGGACGGCUAUAAGGGAGUCAGCCUGGCGAACUGGUUGUGUUUGACCAAAUGGGAAAGCAGUUAUAACACAAAAGCUACAAACUACAAUCCUAGCAGUGAAAGCACUGAUUAUGGGAUAUUUCAGAUCAACAGCAAAUGGUGGUGUAAUGAUGGCAAAACCCCUAACGCAGUUGACGGCUGUCAUGUAUCCUGCAGCGAAUUAAUGGAAAAUGACAUCGCUAAAGCUGUAGCCUGUGCAAAGCAGAUCGUCAGUGAGCAAGGCAUUACAGCAUGGGUGGCAUGGAAAAGUCAUUGUCGAGACCAUGACGUCAGCAGUUACAUUGAGGGUUGCACCCUGUAACUGUGGAGUUAUCAUUCUUCAGCUCAUUUUAUCUCUUUUUCAUAUUAAGAAAGUGAUAGUUGAAUGAAAGUUUAUACCACCAUUGUUUCAAACAAAUAACAUUUUUACAGAAGCAGGAGCAUG